UUAGACAAUGAAGACAAGAAAGCCACACCUACCCCCAAGAAGCCCAGUGCUGGGGAAGACUUCGACUUAAGUGAUGCUCUUGGUGGUGGAGGACACAAUGACCCAGCACCACCGAACCCACCCAAACCGAGGCCAAAUCCAAACCCCAACCCGCCUGCUUCCACUGGAGGCUUUUCAGAUGCCGAUCUUGCAGAUGGUGUUCCUGCUGGAGAAGGAACAGGAGGCCGUCAUGGUGGAGGAAGCCAGGGGAACGAAGGGGAACAGGCCGACGCCCCAGGCGUGAUCCCCGGGAUCGUGGGGGCCAUCGUGGUCGCCGUGGCGGGAGCCAUCUCCAGCUUCAUUGCUUACCAGAAAAAGAAGCUGUGCUUCAAAGAGAACGCAGAACAAGGGGAGGUGGACAUGGAGAGUCACCGGAACACCAGCGCAGAGCCAGCCUGGUAAGGAGGACGGGGAGUGGCGGCUCGCACAGGCGGCGAGGGUUCCUAUUGUGUUUUCUCUACCUGCUCCCAUCUUGCCGUUCUGCUCACGUUCUCAAGU